GAUCACCACACCAGCCAACUCAAAUCCUCCCUCCCUCCCAUUCCGAUUCCCCAGCGACUCCCCGAACCCCCUCGUAAACCCUACCUCGCCGCGCGAGGGCGCCAGCCGCGGUGGCGGAGCGCCCGCAUCCGCCCCUUCCCCGCCUUCCCCGCCCCGCCGCAGCAGGCAAGGGCAUGGGGAAGAUGAAGGGGGACAAUCUGCCGGAGGAGGAUCGCGAGCUCAAGGCGCGUCUCGAGGAUUGCGUGGAGCGGGCGCAGAGCCGCGACCCCCGCCUCCGGGUAGGCGCCAUCGACACCCUGAGGAAAGAGGUUUGUGCGGCGACAAGCUCAAUGACGUCUGUCCCGAAACCACUCAAAUUCCUCCGUGCACACUACGGAACUCUCAAGGCUUGCUUUCAGAGAAUGCGGGAUCCUGCACAGAAGAAACAUAUGGCUGACAUUCUGUCAGUAUUGGCCUUGACAGCGUCUGCUGAAGGAGAAAGGGAAAGCCUGAAGUACUGUAUGAUGGGCUCUUUAGUUGAUAUAUGUUCAUGGGGUCAUGAAUACGUGAGAAACUUGGCUUUUGAAAUUGGAGAAGAAUGGAAGUUCAAUGACUCAUCAACGCCAAUUGAAUCCAAAAUAAAACUAGUGCUGGAAAUUGUCAAAUUUCACAUGAAGCAUAAUGCUGAAACUGAAGCUCUGGAUUUUUUGAUGAAGGUUGGAUACCUUGAGUUGCUUUCAGAUGAAAAAAAAGAAGAAUACAUUAUGAGGCUACUUCAUCUUGUUGACUCUACCAACUACAAAAGGGCAUGCUUGUAUUUGACUAGUUGUUCUAAAUACUUAUCUACACCCGACCAUAAGGCCACACUUGACAUUGCCUAUGACAUGUAUAUGAAGUUUAGGGAUCUUGGAAGUGCUUUAAGGAUUGUGCUUUUGGUCAACGACCACAAGUAUUGUGGUCAGAAUGUGAAGAUGAAGAAGGUAUUUGCAGAAACUAAAGAUUUCUCACUGAAGCAGCAAUUUGCAUUUAUGAUAGCACGCUAUGGUUUAAGCAUGGAGAUUGAUGAUGAGAUGGUUGCAGAUGAAAAUGAGAAGAAUGCUUUGCAGGAAGUGGUUUAUAACACCAAACUGAGUAAGGGGUACCAUAUCCUUGCGCGGGAUAUUGGUGUCAUGGAGCCAAAAUCUCCAGAGGACAUAUAUAAGGUUCAUCUGAUUGGCGGCCGAGGUACCAAAAGCUCCAGCCCUGAUUCUGCAAGGCCGAAUUUGGCUGCAAUUUUUGUCAAUGCAUUUGUGAAUGCUGGUUAUUGCCAGGACAAACUCAUGACUGCAAUACCAGAUUCUUUGCUAUUCAAGAACAACGAACUUUGGAGAGCCAGUGUAGUAGCUAGUCUGGGAAUGAUACAUAUGUGGGAUCCUGAUUCAGGAUUUCCCAAACUUGACAAGUACCUGCACAGCAAUGCUACUAAUGUCGUUGCAGGAACUUUUUUAGGUAUAGGCAUUGUCUCUUCUGGUGUGAAGAAUUAUCGGGAUCAUGCACUUGCUCUUAUUUCUGAGUAUAGCAAGGGUGCAGCAUCAGUUACACGGAUCGGGGGAUUCUUGGGUCUUGGUAUUGCUUAUGCUGGGUCCCGGAAAGACGAGCUUAAAUCACAUUUCUCAAGUACCUUGAGUAACCCCCAAACACCUUUGGAGGACUUAGUGUUCUCUGCCAUCUCCUUGGGAUUGGUGUUUGUUGGUUCCUGCAAUGAAGAGAUUGCAGAGUCAAUCAUAUCUGUCUUGAAAAAUCACAGUAAAGAGCUUACAGAGCCCAUUAUUCAUCUACUUCCAGUUGCCCUUGGCCUUCUAUAUCUUGGAAAACAGGAGAUGGUAGUUGCUACUGCUGCUAAGGUUUCUGAAACAUUGGAAGAACCAUUAAAGAAGUACUGUGGCCUGACUCUUACGUCUUUGGCAUAUGCUGGGACAGGGAAUGUGCUUAAGGUUCAGGAGCUCCUUUGUAGUUGCUCAGAUAAACUUGUGAAAGGUGGAAGUGACCAAGGGCCAGCAGUCCUUGGAAUUGCUCUUAUUGCCAUGGCUGAAGGAUUAGGAGCUGAAAUGGCUGUACGGUCCCUCGAGCAGCUUUUACAGUAUGGUGAUUGUAGUAUUAGAAGAGCAGUUCCUCUUGCUCUUGGCAUGCUCUGCAUAUCCAAUCCAAAGGCAGUUGUUGUGGACACACUGAAUAGACUGAGCCAUGAUGCGGACGGUGCAGUGUCGAUGGCUGCAAUCAUCUCACUGGGCUUGAUAGGUGCUGGUACAAACAAUGCACGUAUAGCCGGAUUGCUUCGUAAGCUCUCAAGUCAGCAAUAUGGCGGUUAUCUGUAUUGUGUGAGGAUUGCACAGGGUCUUGUUCACCUUGGGAAGGGCUUGCUGACACUUGACCCAUGCCACUCUGACAGGCUACUUCUAUCUCCCGUAGCACUAGCUGGGCUUGCAACCGUUCUGUACGCAUGCCUUGACAUGCAACCCAUCAUCGUCGCAAAGUAUCCCUACAUGCUAUACAUCCUCGCCCUCGCUAUGCAGCCUAGGAUGUUACUGACUGUGGAUGAGGAUCUCAAGCCCCUACAUGUGCCUGUUCGUGUCGGCCAAGCAGUCGACGUGGUCGGUCAGGCGGGAAGUCCCAGGACCAUCACUGGCUUCCAGACGUACAACACGCCUGUAGUGCUUGCUGCAGGGGAGCAAGCUGAGCUAGCAACUGAAAAAUAUAUUCCGCUGACACCAGUUCUGGAGGGCUUUGUGAUCCUGAGGAAGAACCCAGAGCAUCAUGAAGAUUGAGAGAUUGGUGCGAUGCAAGCGGAAGCGGAUCUGCGGAUGGAGUGUCAUGAACAGGCUUGGUCAACAUCUAACUGUCACACAAGCAAGUGACAAUGACUAUUGUGAAGAGGCUGCAAAUAUUCCUUAACAGAGUACAGGGACAAUACAAAAGUAUAGAAUAGCUCAGGGGUCAAUGUACAGAGGGAGAUUGGGUCGAUGGUUCUUCGAAAAGAGGAGAAGCAACUUUGUCGGAACGGGGAACAGAAACAGAUGGCUGCAUAGCAUAACCUCAAUCAAAUUUUGUGUUUUCACUCACUAGACUGUUUUUGAGAUGCAUAUAAUAGACAUACUCAGUUGUCCGAUGUUUUCUGCC